GCCGGCGCCGCGACGACGGGUAACGCGACCGGCCGAGUCGUCGACGCCGACGAGGAGGGCGCGACAGCCGGCCUGCGCGAGAAGGGCGGCAUGGACGAGAUGGACUACACGCGCCUCGAGCUCGACGACGACCCGGACGAGGACGAGAUCUCGAUGCGCACGCAGUACCUGUUCAACGAGGACACGAGCAUGACGCCGCUCUCGCAGAUGCAGCAGACCAAGACGCUCCUCACCGAGGGCCAGCGCAUCGCCUACGUCGGCCUGUGUCGCCUCGUCGCGCGCGAGAUGGUCCAAGGGCUCGCGCUCGCCGCCAAAGGCGCCAAGGAGCUCGAGCCGGCGCGCGAGAGCUGCCAGAACUGGGCCAACAAGAUCAUGGGCCGCCUGUACCGCCACAUGGAGGUCGACAGCGCAGAACAGCGCAUGAUAGAGCAGCUCGCCGAGCACGGCGUCACCUCGGAGGACCUCGUCCCGUCCCUCGUCGCCACCUACACGAUCGACAACCCCGAGUACGACCCCGAGGCCGCCGAGCUCGCCGCGCACGAGGGCGACAUCGCGCUCGAGUUGGACGACGACCGGCCCGAGGUCGAUGCGGCGCGUCAGCGCGAGCGGGAGGAGCAGUCGCGACGGGCCGGAGCAGAGCAGGCGCGGCGCGAGCGAGAAGUGCGGGAGCGGGCAGACGAGGACGUCAAGCUCGCGGCAGGAGCCGACGCGCAGGACCUCGAGGACCGGUUGGGCGACAUGGCGCUCGCGCCCGGCGAGGACGAGGGCGAGGACGAGGGGCGGGAUCUGGGUUACGUGCGGCGGCAGGUGCGCGAGAUCGAGCGGCGAGCGAGCGAGGUCGUGUCGCCGCCGACGUCGCCUCGGUCGCCCACGACGGCGACCGCGGCGUCGCCCUCGUCGCCCAGAACGCCGACCAGGCGUGGGCGCAGCAUGUUUGACGCGCUCAUCGACGACGACGGCGGCGACAUCGGCGGCGCCCUCGACUCGCCCUCCUCCACCUCCCUCGCCGACUCGCCCAAGUCGCCCCAUCCGGACUACCCCUCUCCCCUCCCCGACGCCGACGCUCCUCCUUCCACUCCCUCGCCUCCUCUAUCCGAUUCCGACUCGGAGCCACCCACGCCUCGAGCGUCCUCCCCAGCCCCUCCCGCCUACGACGACGCCGCACCCGAGACUCGCCAGCCCAACAACUUCCUCGACCCGCUCCCCUCGUCGCUCCCGGGCGUGUCCAAGACGCUCACGAGCCUCGACAAGACCGUCACGCUCGACAUCCGGUGGACGAUCCUGUGCGACCUGUUCCUCGCCCUCAUCGCCGACUCGGUGUACGAUGCGCGCUCGCGCGUGCUCCUCGGGUGCAUGGCCGAGAAGCUCGGCCUCGACUGGAUGGACGUCGUGCGCUUCGAGCGCCGCCUCACCGAGGCGCUCGAGAUCCAGGAGGCCGUCAAGGACAAGAAGCACGACGAGGUCCUCGAGGGUCGACGCCUAAAGGACAAGCAGAAGCGCCUGCUCCUCAUGGGCGCCGCGACCGUCGGCGGCGGCCUCGUCAUUGGCCUCUCGGCGGGCCUCCUCGCCCCGUUCAUCGGCGCCGGGCUCGGCGCAGCACUCGCGACCGUCGGCGUGUCGGGCACGUCGGGCUUCCUCGCCGGCGCCGGCGGCGCGGCCAUCAUCUCGUCCGGCGCGACGCUCACGGGCGCGACAAUCGGCGGCAAGGCGAUGGCCAAGCGCACCAAGCACGUCCAGACGUUCGACAUCCUGCCCGUGCACAACAACAAGCGCCUCAACGUGUUCCUCACCGUCUCUGGGUUCAUGAAUGGCAUCCGCGACGACGUGCGCCUCCCGUUCAGCACGAUCGACCCGGUCAUGGGCGACGUCCUGUCGGUCCUGUGGGAGCCCGACAUGAUGGGCGACACGGGCCGAGCGCUCAACAUCCUCACGUCCGAGGUCCUCACCCAGGCCGGUCAGCAAGUGCUCGCCGCCACCGUCAUGACGGCCCUCAUGAGCGCGCUCCAGUGGCCCAUGAUGCUCACCAAGCUCUCGUACCUGAUCGACAACCCGUGGUCGAACGCGCUCGACCGUGCCGUCCAGGCCGGCGCCAUCCUCGCCGACAUCCUCCUCAACCGCCGACUCGGCGUCCGGCCCGUCUCGCUCGUCGGGUUCUCGCUCGGCGCCCGCGUCAUCUUCUUCGCCCUCGUCGAGCUCGCCAAGCGCAAGGCGUUCGGCGUCGUGCAGGAGGUGUACCUGUUCGGCGCGACCGUGACGGCGUCGCGCAAGGUGUGGCGCGAGGUGCGAGGCGUCGUCUCGGGCCGGUUCGUCAACGGGUUCGCCAUGAACGACUGGGUGCUCGGGUACCUGUUUCGCGCGACGACGGGCGGCCUGCAGACGGUCGCCGGCCUGCGCCCGAUCGAGCUCGUGCCGGACCUCGAGAACGUCGACGUGACGCACCUCCUCGACGGCCACCUGAGCUACCGGCCCCGCAUGCCCAAGCUCCUCGCCUACGUCGGGUUCAAGACGACGGGCGACCACUUUGACGAGCCCGACCUGGACCCGGACGCGCCCGAGCGCGAGGUCGUCACCAAGGAGGAGGAGGAGGCCCGCCGCGCGCGCAAGGAGCGCAAGGGCCUCAACAUCUUUCGCCGCAAGAAG